UGGUGUGCAGAGGGGAGGAAAAAAACACAGUACCACCCGAAAAAUUUAAAAAUGCUCAAUCAGAUGUAGUUUAACUUUACAGAUACAGAUACGAUGGACUCCUGAUUGUAAACGGCACACUUGGUUCGGGGACUCCUACAUCGGAUGCCAUUUGGAGUGCCAGUCAGCUUUUUUUUUUUUGUACUGCAACCACGCGAACCGGCGACAUGCAAAAGUGUCACAACUAUUAAAAAAAAGAAGGGGAAAAAAGCAACGCAAGUACAGAAGAGUAUCGCUUAUCGCUAAUUAUCGGAAACAGUUAAGGGUUGACGUGCCCCCCUCGGUUAGGUUAGGGUUAUUGGGUGAAAGGUUACUUGUCUGUUUACUUGAGAAUGCACAAUGCAGCAAGCCUGUCAGCCUGUCUGGGCUCCAUGGGGCUGCUGCGUCUUUUCGGGGUGUCCUGGCCCUGGAGUGUGGUGGCGGGAGUCGGGGUGUACCUGGGCACCAGCAGCUGGAAGUAUUUCUACGUGGCUGCGCUGACCGCCAAGAGAGAUGUCACCGGCCUGUGUGUGCUACUAAGAGUCAAGAUGGCUCUGUGGCGUUACAUGCGCGACGGAAGCAACAUCCUCACCAUGUUUGCCCAGACGGUGAAACGCAACCCGAACAAGAUUGCACUGAUCUACGAGGCCACGGGGGAAUCAUGGACGUUCACCCAGUUAGACCAACUGUCCAACUCGGUGGCCAACUGGGCCAGAAGUCAGGGCUGGGUCACUGGAGACGUGGUGGCGCUCUUUAUGGAGAGUCGACCGUUGCAGGUGGCACUCUGGCUGGGCUUGGCCAAGGUCGGCGUGGAAGCUGCUCUCAUCAACUUCAACCUCCGCAAGGACUCCCUCCUGCACUGUAUCGGGGUGUCUCGGUCUCGGGCUCUUGUGUUUGGAGCUGAGCUUGCCGAUGCCAUGUCGGAGAUCAGCGCCUCCCUCAGUCAGGCCAUGGUGAGGUUUUGUACCGGAGACCACAGCACUCAUCAUGGCGCCUACCUGGGUGCGACACCCCUUGAUCCGAUCUUAGCGUCCACACCGAGGCACUCCCCUUUACCUUGCGUUCAGCAUAAAGGCAUGAAUGACUGUUUGUUUUACAUCUACACCUCUGGCACCACAGGACUACCCAAGGCUGCUAUUGUCGUGCACAGUCGGUACUACAGAAUCGCUGCUUUCGGCUACUAUGCUUUUCGUAUGCGCCCGGAUGACAUAAUCUAUGACUGUCUUCCUCUCUAUCACUCUGCAGGUAACAUCAUGGGUGUCGGCCAGAGUCUGAUAAAUGGACUGACUGUCGUCGUCAAGAAGAAAUUCUCAGCGAGUCGCUUCUGGGAUGAUUGCAUCAAAUACAACUGCACAGUGAUCCAGUAUAUUGGUGAAAUUUGCCGCUACCUGCUGUCUCAGCCGGUGCGACCGUCAGAAAAGGCCCACAAGGUUCGCUUGGCGGUUGGAAACGGCCUGCGUCCAAGCGUGUGGGAAGCCUUCACCCAGCGUUUCGGCGUGGCGCAGAUCGGCGAGUUCUACGGAGCCACGGAGUGCAACUGUAGCAUCGCCAAUUUGGACGGCAAGGUGGGUGCCUGUGGAUUUAACAGUCGCAUUUUGCCCAGUGUUUACCCCAUUCGCCUGGUCAAAGUGAACGAGAGCAACAUGGAGCUGGUCCGGGAUAGCCGGGGUCUUUGUGUCCCUUGUCAACCUGGUGAGCCUGGGCUCCUGGUUGGCCGCAUCAACCAACAGGACCCGCUGAGGCGCUUUGACGGCUAUGUUAACCACGAAGCUACUAGCAAGAAAAUAGCCCAAAACGUCUUUAAGAAGAACGACUCAGCCUAUUUGUCAGGUGACGUCUUGGUGAUGGAUGAAUUAGGCUACAUGUAUUUCCGCGACCGCAGCGGCGACACCUUCCGCUGGCGGGGUGAGAACGUGUCCACCACAGAAGUGGAGGGCAUAUUGAGCAACCUCUUGGAUCAGACUGACGUCGCCGUGUACGGCGUGACGGUGCCAGGUGUCGAAGGGAAGGCGGGCAUGGCAGCCAUCGCGGACUCUGAUGGCACUUUUGACUGCGACGCGUUUCUGCAGAAGGUCCAGACGGCUCUCCCGCCGUACGCUCGGCCGGUGUUCCUAAGACUUUCGCCGAGCGUGGACACCACCGGUACCUUCAAAAUCCAGAAAACCAGGCUGCAGAGGGAGGGCUACGACCCACGGUUCACAAGCGACCGACUCUACUUCUUAAACGUGAAAAUCGGCCGCUACGUGGCGAUGGACGACGAGCUCUUCGUUUCCAUAAUGGAGGCCCGGGUGCAUUUGUGAUGCGGAAGUCUGGAAUUUUAAUCCUUCAGGGAGCAGAGUUGACACGACUACUCACCGAGGCAGCACUGUUACAGGGGAUUCCUUUUGUUUGUUUUUAACACAGUAGGAGUAAGAUGCUGCAUCACGUGAGGGCAUUUAUUACCUCUUCCACCUCACAGAGCCUUCGCCGCACAUACUCGAGUGCGAUCCUGACUUACAAGGACAGUAUGGCGGCUAGAUCAACUUUGCCGCAGGGAAGUUCGAGCUAUUCUAGCCGGGUUAAGCGACACCAUGUAAGGGCUUGCAAGGUCAAAUACUAAUGUUUAUAGUGCUCUGGAUGGAAAAAAAAAAAUCCAAUCCAUCUUCAUGUCCACAUGACUCAAAACCAACAAUUGUUAACGUGCCUUAUAUUAAAAAAAAAGUCAUAAUGCGA